AUGUUUCGUCUGUUCUUCUUGAUGACUUUGGCCAUUUGCUUGGCCGUUUCCUACGGAACUUCGCAGAAGAAUUCUUCAAAUCAGGUAACGUUACAGCGAACCAAAUUUUAAGGCAUUCAACUUUUCCCAGAUUAUUCCCAAGAAUCUUUGUUGGCAAGGGACUUCAGAUGCGGUUUUCUUAGCUUUCUAGACUCAGCAAAACUGUUUUUAUGCGCUUUUAGGUUCUUUUAGAUUCAUAAUCCGUUCAAUAUCUUGGUUUCAAACUAGAAACUCAGCUACCAGAGAUACAAAUUUAAUUUAUCAUCGAUUUUACAGGAUACAGCAUUCAGGGCUUUCUCAUGGACUAGGCUAUCGUCAGUUUUCAUGAGAUUAUAAAACUUGAAAGAAAACAAAAUAGUUGCACUCCAUGCACGAGAACCCAGGGGUCUGAAAAAAUGGGGGUAAGAUUAAAGUUUUCGAUUGAGGGGAAGAUAGCUAGGUUGGGUUUGAAUGAUUAUAUGGAAGUCUGAACAACCGGGGUUUGAGAAAUUCGCGUGAACAACGCGCCAAAAAAAAAAAAAAACCCCGCGGGCACACCCGCGUGUGAGAACGCCUCGGUCUCUCGUUACCAGUCUCCUCUCAAUGAGAAAGGGCAGCCUGCUGAAUAUUUGCCAACCAGUCAAAAUUCUCAGGAAUAGUAUUUUAAAAGUUAUGUUUUACAAGUUGACCCAAAUCUACCUUGUUCGACUCCUAAAAUAAUCCUCGGGAAGCAGAGCGUCAAUCAGAGAAGCUUUUAAGAAGAUUGAUUGUUAGAAUUGGCUGUUAAUCUUUACAAUAAACGUGAGGUCUAAGGUGAGCUCAGGUGAGUUUUUACUCUUUGACGACUGUUUUGGGCUUUUUGGUCCUUUUUGAACCAUGAACAUUUUCCUUCAUGGACCCAUUCAGCUUUUCAUUUAAGCUCUUACGAUAAAAAAAAAUGCAAAAUCAGCAAGGAUAGAUCUUUCCGCAGGUACCUCGUUUAGCAAAUUUUGACCAAUCCUGACAGAGUUGCAAGAACGCUAUUGAAAACUAACAAGCAAUUAACAUUUGGGGAAUUUUGCUAUUUACCUGGUACUCUUUGCCCUUUUCUUGAAAAGGUAGCCAGCCAAAACUCCGCACAAAGGAAAGACAAUAAAGUGGGCAACAAAACGGGCUGUAAAAAAGGACAACAAAAGGAAAAAAAAGAAUGCGAGGAAAGAAUGUUGAAAACAAAUCCUCCCCCCCCAAAAAAAAAAAAAAAAAAAAAAAAAAAAAGCUGCUUAAUUACAUCCAAUUGGCAGAAAAAUAUGCUUUAAGUGUUAAAAAUCUCUUUUUUAGCCAUUCCCAUGUUAACCAGCCAAAAACUGCUUCAAAAAGGAGGAUCUGGUCAAAAAUGCUGUUUUUUUGUUGCUAAAAUAGUCAUAUUAAAGAGUUAAAAAACUGGUAUUAAAGCUUAAAAACCUAUUGUCAUGUUGCUCGUAAGAUUAGUACUCGUAGUUAAGUAUGUUAAGUGAGUUUAAAGUUCUGGUUUGGCCUCAAAAGGAUAUAUAUUAUAUUCCUUUUUCUAUCGAUAAAACUGAUCUAUUUGACCUUCAAAAACACAGGUGCACCCAACCCCCUCCCUUAGAGAAGAAAUCCCUUUUGAGACUAGUAAGAGAUAAUGGACUGUUUUCCCAAAAAUCUGCAAUGUCAUGACCACAUAAUCAAAAGAAUACUUUGUUUCAGUGACAUACCUUAAAUUAAACCUUUUGAGUGAAACGUCCCAAUGCAAAACUGCUUUGGCUUAAUUUUCUCUCCCAGCAAACAACAGUAAAAGGUGUCGUGCCUUGGCAGAGAAAAUCCUACAUUUUCCUUAAGCUGCAGAGCGUUUGGUCUGCAGCUGUGUAGGUGUAAAAUUAUAAAUGUCAUGUAACUCGGACCCUAACCCUGAUCGUAACCGAGGGGCGUACUCUGGAUUUCAAGUGACAAGGAUGAUUAAAGGAUUUUUUGGGGUUUGAUAUUUUCGAUUUUAGGAUUUUUUAGGUGGGAAAAUUUUAGCAAGUACUUUUUUGAUAGCUUGAUUUAAGUAGGUUUUUUUGGUGGUAUUCAAAACAAUUUGAAAAUUUGUCAUAGUUAUAUCAUUUAACGCUUUCUGGAAAUUUUUGGUGGCUUGGAAAUUCGGCAUUGGAUUUUUUGGGGGUUAAAUUUUGGUCCAUUGAUGUUUUUGGGUUUUAAUUUUUGUCCCCAGUUGAUCAUCCUUGUCACUUGGGAAAUCCGGUGGUCCCCCCCCCGGACCAUAACACUAUCACCUGCAACAGCCUGCAAACUAAAGCCAUCACCUAAGCCAUGUAUACUUAAUGUAUCAAUCUUGUUACUCUUGCAGGUAACAUUUCUCUAAAUUCACACUGAAGACAGGCUUUUACUAGGAGAAACUUGCCGAUAUCCAUGCUGCCUCACCCUUUUAACUUCCUGUUUUUUAACCACUUUCAUUUCCUUUUUCUUAUCUUUCCAAAUUCAGUUUCCAUUGCAACUCAGUUUAUGCUAUAGUCAAGAGUGUUUUCAUUUAUCUAGAGUUUGCAGUCUUUCUUUAAGUCAUGAAAGUAUGUUAAAUUUCCCAAAUUGAAUCUAACAGGCUAAUGGAUCUGCAGCAAAGUCUAAAAGCUGUAAAGUUGUACCUCAGGCUGGUUGCUGUAAGGAUGGUGAGUUUACAAUUUAUUUUAAAAUUGAUUUUCAACAAAAUAAUAAUCCACCGAUAUGGAAAAAUACCAGCUAAUACCAAAAACAAAAAAUAAAUCUUCUUAGUAUGUUUAGAUUAAAAUUUACCAGAAAUCAAGGUAUUUGAGGCCAGCAAAGUACAUUUAAGUAUUGCAUUAGUGGGAUCAGUUCAGGUUAUACACAUAACAACUUGCUAGUUCUGCUGUAGCGAGAUUGUGUGGAUGGUAAUUUAGUUCAGUUGUGAGUUUCAUUGAUAUAUGGCUGUAUUUUUUCAAAUAAUUUUAGGCAAAGAUGGAAAGGAUGGACAACAUGGUGAGUCACAUGAAAAUGCAACAAUUUUUCUUCAUUACCAUUUACAUUAAUGUAACAUUAUAUGAUUAAGUAAAUAAUUAGUCACUUGUAUAAUCAAGUGUUAUUUUUGGUAAUUGCAGGAAAAGAUGGGCGCGAUGGAGUGAAUGGUGAUGUACAUUAUUUUAUUAAAUAUUACUAGUAAUAAAGGCUGCGGAGUGUGGGCAACAACAAUUGAAUGUCAAAACGCUUUCGUUUCAAUCCAGUGCUGUGCUUUGUGUGGUGGUCAAAAUGAUACGGGAUUACGAGUGAUAUAAGGUCCAAAUGCACGUGCUCAAAGUGCAUUCUGUGCAUUCCAUACAUUCUUUGUGGAAGUCCAAAUGAAUGUCUACAUACAUGCAACGUAUGCGUAAUAACAACCUGGAGAUUAGAAUUGCAGGCUCCUCUUGUCGCCCGUGAUUAUCCUUUAUACAAAUACAAACAUGUCAGUAUAUACUUGCCAACUCUUUCUGAGUCAAAUUAAUUAAGCAUGAGAUUUUCGUCCUGUUAUGACAGAAGUUUCUGAAAACGUCCCAGCUACUUCCACACAUUUCCAACAAUUUUCCGAGGACUUCCAAACUUUUCCAAAAAAUGUGUGAAGUUGUUCUGACAACUAUUGAGCAAUUCUGAAGUUAUUUUAAGUGUCAAAGGGAAAUUGAAUUAUAUUUUUGUCAUCAGUCAUGUCUUAAAAAACAAUUUGUCUGGAUUUGUUUGUCAGGUGCGAGAAAUUGACCUUGUCGUUGAGUGAAAUCAAGGUCUAGAAAUAAGUCCCCAGGCAGUUGUCAGGCAUACUGUAAUUAUUAUCAAAAUAAAUCUUAACCAUGGGUUUCCUUCUUGUCAUCCCCCCUGUUGUAGCUUGUUGUCAGUGUUCUACCCUAGCUUGUAAUAUUACUAAUCCAAGGCUGUGCUCCAAGAAAAAUUAUAAGGAGUCCAGUGCUCUGAACCUGUGAAAAACGGGGAGCCAAGCAUCAGAUUUGUAUGGGAAAGCUAAGAUUUCCUGUUUACUCAAGAUCAAAAGUAAGGUUUUAGGGGCCCCUCAGAGCAUCAGCCCUGUAAUCUGAAUAUUACAUUUUGUUAACUGUUUUGAACACAGGAAAAGAUGGCCGUGAUGGAUGAGAUGGCAGUGGAAUAAAGGUUGGCCUUUCUUAAUGUUAAUGCAUUGUUUUCUCUUUUUGCUUGAAAAGUUCAGAAAUUAAACAAACCAGGGAACUGUACGUCUCAGACAUGGUCUCUGUAGUGUGAAGAUAACAAGUUGCCAAAAAGAAGUUUUACCGCAUGAAACUAAUAUUUUGAAGCUUGAGGUAACUUGAAAAUCUAGGCUUUCCCUUUUCAGAGAAAGAAGAAGAAGACAUAAAAUCAUUUUAAAAAAAGUCAAUAGGGUAAAAUGUUUUUUUUUAGAUAUAUUUGCAACAUUAAUUUUAGUCAUAUGUUUUCAUUGUUGCAAGUCUUAACAAAAAUGGAACAAGAUAUUUCUAAUCAUUCAUAUACUGCCUUAAAAAAAAUGGCUUGCUUGCUUGAAGUGGUUAAUUACAUUGCAUUUUUAUGUGAGUAUGACUUGUCAGUUCCUUUGCUCUUUAGUCAAUUGAGCUUGAAGUUACUUGCCUGGCACUUAAAGGGUGGGGAACUUGUCUCAAAACCCCCAGCUGAAUAUUUUUUGAGGCCUGGUUUUUUUUUACCAGUCUUUGAAGUUAAUAUCGUUUGGCAUGAGCCUGAUAAAUCCCCUGUCCCCACCGCCAAAGGGCCUGGAUCCAAAAUAUAAUAAUUAUAUUUUCCCCAGGCCCCUUGGCAGUGGGACAGGGGAUUUAUUGAUUUAAGACACUAUUAGGUACAAGUUAAGAUAGAGUAACCUCCCUUACCCUAUUCUAUGGUUAUACAAUGCAUGUAGUCACUUAGCAGGUGUCUAUAUAAACUCAGAACUAAUAUUAAUUUAAAUAUGGGCAUGGAGCAGUUUUGGUCACUUUUAAACUAAACAAAAGGUGAAAAAAAAAGUGCAUUAAUUAUGUGAUGACUUUUAAUUUUUAGUCAUUUUGUUAAAAAAUAAAUAAAUAAACAUCUUUUAGUACCACAUUCAAAAAGCAAUGUGCCACCUCAUAACUGCAGCACCCAUGCACCAUCGUUUUUCUCCACUAAGGCUGAAGUUUCUUAAAAGAUAAAUAGAAGAUGAAUAAAAUUUAUAGUAAUAGUCAUCUUCUAAGUUAUAGUGUUCUCAGUUUGGAUUUCACCUUGUAAAUAUCUAUGUUAGGGAGAAAAAGGAGAAACAGGGAAACCAGGAAGAAAUGGAAGUGCAGGUGUUAAGGUAUCAUAAAUAUGUACUGCUUUUCAAAUGGAGGUUUUCAGUUUCUGGAUCCAUACACUUGUAUCUCUCCACAAAACAUCAGUGAUUAUAUUGGGUGUAGAAAUGUCUUUUGUGUGUUUAAAUUUCGGUUGGACUAAGCAAAAUGAUCAAAAUUAUAAUCAGACCAGUUAGCUUUAUGUUGAUCACACCACAGUAUAGAUUGUCUCUAUUUGUUAUUUACCAUCUUCAUCAUCAUCAUUGUCACUCCUUUUUCACAGUUUGCUUUAAUUACUUAUUGUUAUUGUUAUUAUAUUUUUCUUCUUUCGCAGUUCGUACUGUCCAGGGCUCCGAGAAGCACUCAGUUUCCUUGGGAGUGGCUGGGGGGGAGUUUUCAUUUAAUUUGUAGACAGCACUUUUUGUAAAAUAUGGGCUGUGCUUAGAAGACUGAUCUUUGGGAGUUCUUCGAUAUUGAUAUUUUUAUUGAUAUUUAUUUUUUCCACGUAUUUUCCCAGGCCCAUUUUUAGUAGGCCAAGAGCUCCAAUAUUUACAGGCACAAUUUCUGUUUUAAGGCCCCAUAUCCUAGAGAUUUCAAUCUCUAAUUCCGUAUACUUUGAAGCUUUUCAAUCGUUUUGACAGAUGAUGAUGAUGUUGAUGAUGAUGAUGACGAAGAUGAUUAUUAUUAUGUCUUGUUUAGCAGUUCUUACUGUUCAGAGCUCCGAGGAGCUACCAGUUUCCUUGGGAGUGGCUGAGAGGAGGGGGGAGUCGCUAUUAUCUCGUUGGUAGAGAGCACUUUUCUUAAAUUAAUGUGGCUGAUCUUGUGGAUGUCCUCAAUAUUGAUGUUUCCAGGAUUCUGUUGCCGUAUUUUCCCAGGCCCUUUGUAAGCAGGCCAAGUGCUCUUUAUUAUUUCUGUUGCAGGGGGUGAAAGGAGAACCAGGAAUGGAUAAAAACAGUAAUGGUGGUGUUAAAGUAAGUGUCAGUUUCAUGACCUUUUUUCUCUGUAAGAAAGAACACUUUAACAACCUUGAUCAGUUCUCCAACAUGGAUUUACCUUCAAUCAAAUAUUUGUUUUUUUUUCUGCCAACUAAUUUUCAGUGUCCAAAAGUAAAACGAAGGCACAUGCUUUAUCCAACACAGCGACACACACCAUUCAUUCAAUUUUCAUCUCCCUCACGCUUCUAAAUGUUACAUUCGACCUGUUAGUUGGUAUGUCCGAGUUGGCGCUCGACCAAACUAACUAACAGGUCGAAUUUUAUUUCUCCACGGAUACCUUUCUGGUACAAAACAAGUACCGCAUGUAACUUUAAGUUUUCUUCUUGUAUCGCUAUAGUAAAGGAUAAAGUGGUGAUCAGGUUUUAAAAUUCCCGAGCACUUUGGCUAUCUACUAGAAUAUUAAUAUAUGUUCAUUAUAAUUAUAAAUACUUUGUUUGAUAAGGGUGAGAAGGGAUCUCGUGGUGACAAAGGAUCCCAAGGAGAGAAGGGAUCACAAGGACAAAAAGGAAUUUCGGGAACAUGUGAUACAAAGGUAAUUACUACCUUGCAGCUCCUAGAUUUUCAUUCCUUAUAACCUUUAGUAAUAAUUAUCCUUAUUAUUCGUGCAAAAUAUUUCCCCGUUUCUGAUUGGUUAAAAACACACACAUAAUUUACCAUAACCAGCUGCUGUUGACGAAAUUUGAAAAGAAUUUUGUCAUAUUGAACCGAUGACGUCAAAAGUGCAGCCUGGUUGCAGGUUAUUGAACCGUUGACCGAGAAAACCUGAGGACAAGGUUGAGUUGUUUUGGUAGUUAGAACCAAAUGGCUGAACUGUCGCGGAACAUUUCACUCGUUUCACCUCGAAGUAUUGUCUAAAAACAUCGCAAGAACAGCAAGAAAACAACUUGACGGACAAGAUCUGCUAUUGGGAGUAUAUUUGCAGACCUUAAUCUCCUAAACUUGCCGAUAAAGAUGCUUUAUCGAUAUGAACUUACAUCGACCGAGGUUAGCAUGUUUUAGCUUGUUUUUAAACUUGGAAUUAUUUUGAAGGAAUAAUAAAACAGUUAUUGAAUUCGGCUUUCGUAGGAUGUGAAGUAUUCUGCAGAUUCGAUCUGCAGAAUUUUUCAUAUCCUACUCAGCCUCCUUCAAUAAUUGCUAAUGAUUACAACGAGCCAUAUUAAUUUAAUUACUAUAGACUGCAUGCACGAUCUCUUCCUUUUCGGGCCUGUUGUCUUUAAAAGGGAGAAGAAAGCGUGAGUAGGCGGCAAAGUUGUGACACUUGACGGUGAGUAUCGAGGUUUUUAACAAGCCUAAGGAAACAAGAACAAAAUAAUGCUCGCAGUCUAUGUUCCCUACUACCAUAUAUGAUGUUAACGUAAGAUUAGCUCAAUGUCAUCUUGAAAGCAGGACCCUUUUUACAUCACUUGGUGUCUGAUCAAGGGAGUUUUUCGUCAGAAAAAGUUAUCUGCACAGGCGUUCAACUCUGUUUGCAUAUAUAACUACAACCAUGUACAAAAGUCUUGGGACACAUUUGCAUUUGUGCGGCUUUUUUUCAAUUCACAUAUGACCAACCCCUACCCCCACCCCACAAACAACGUUGGACGCGUGUCGCCGUGUAUCCAGAAUUUUUCCGAGUUUCAACAUUGUAUAGGAUGGGGGGAGGGAGAACUGCAAAAAAAUUUCGGAAGGGAUGCCCAACGUGUAUUUUAUAAGGACUUCCAGAAAUUACAAACAAUUAUGAAUACUGCAUCACUGCACUAGGAUUUCUGUCCGGGAGUGUACAUUAGGAGAUUGUUAGCUUUGUUAUUUAAUUGUAUUUUGUUCUUACAAUUUAUUUUGCAUUUUAGAGCAAAUCAGGGUGCUGUUUAACCGGUAAGGGCAUUAUUUACUACUGUAUACAUUUACGAUAUACAUUUACAUUGAUUCACUGGAAAGAAGAGUUUCCGAAUUUUAAGUUCAUGACACCGUGGUCCAUCUUUGGUCAUUGCAAAACCACAACGCAUGAGUAAAUUCUUUUGUCGAUUGAUUCUAACUAGGUUUUUUUCUUGACAUAAGUUGUUAACAAAGAUGUUCCUCCUUUUUUUUCUUGUGGAAGACUGCUCUAUUGGACUCCACUUCUUUGAAAAAGUUCAAGACCUACCAACCCGAGGAGCUGUAGGUGUGGAACGUUUCACCAUUGAUGGAAGUUUGUUUCUUGCUUUUGCCAACUAUCAUGGGGACAUUAAAAAAUACAAGACAAGUUCCAUGAUCUACAAGAUGGACAACUCAACUGGAAGAUUGUCUUUGUACCAGACCCUGCAGACAAGAGGAGCGUAUGACCUGGAGUACUUUUCUAUCGCUAACAAACAUUUCCUUGCUCUCGCCAAUCAUUACGAUGGAACAUACCGGCUGGACUCUACAGUCUAUCAAUGGAAUGGAACGCUGUUUGUAGACUUUCAGAAAUUGCCGACAACGGGAGCAACUCGCUUCACCUAUUUCAAGAUACUUGGGGAAAGGUAUCUCGCAGUAGCCAAUCACCGUGACGGAAGUACCUACUCUACAAAGUCAGUUAUCUACAAAUGGAGCAGCGGCAAGUUUAACAGUUUUCAAGACAUACCAACUGACGGUGCCUCCGGAUGCACAGCGUUUGUGAUAAACGGUGACACAUUCAUCGCUUUUGCAAAUAAUUACAACUCCCAACACAAGUUUUCUGUUCAGUCCACUGUGUUCAAAUGGUCAGGAGGUCACUUUGUUAAACUGCAGUCUCUUCAGACUUACGGAGCGAGAGAUGUGAAGUCUUUCUACGUCAACGGACACGCGUUCCUCGCUUUUGCCAACCAAUAUUCUGGAAGUAAAAACAACAUCGAUUCUUUCAUUUACAAGUGGAAUGGUAACAAGUUUGUCCUGUUUCAGUCCAUUCCUACUCGAGGAGCCGCCGCAUGGUGUCCAUUUGUGAUCAAAAACGGUCUCACCUACCUUGGUGUGGCUAAUCACUAUGGUGACAGUCAGAAACACAAUACUCAGUCAGUUGUGUACCAGGCCUCUGGAGCAAGGUUCAUCAAGUACCAAGAGAUUCCCACACAUGGAGCGCAUGGUAUGACGUCAUUUGAGUACAAAGGUCAUACUUACCUUGCAGUAGCAAACUACUACGAUCGCCGGAAGCACAACAUAAACAGCGCCCUGUACAAGUGGGUAUAG